AGGGACAACAUAUAACACAACAAUAACAUAUAACACAACAAUAGUAGGCCUACAACUAGCUAAAAAAAAGUGCGGUUUACAAGUACUUCCCUGAAGUGCUUUACAAUAAAUACAGUAACAAUUUUGUUUAUACGUAUAAGGUGACUGAGAUUGAUUAAAAUCUGUGGAUGUCCAGACAGAAAUGAACCUGACUACGAAUGAUAAAAUCACUUGCUAGUUGCAAAUCGUAUACUGAAAAACUGAAAGACAGAAUUUUUUAGAUAUACAAACUUUCAAACCCACACCAUUAUUUCUGCUACACAGUGCCUUGACAACCGUUACCAUGUUUAAAGUUUACUUGGAAACAGAUUUCACGAGGACAGGAAGAAGUUGAAGAAGUUGAGAAGUCAUUACAGAUUUGUUGAAAACUUAAAAGCUGUCCAUCCCAACUAUUUAGAGGUAUUAUAUCGCUGUAGUUCUUUUAUUGUAUGGUGUUGAAUUUAGCUUAACUGUUUAUGAAUAUCAUUUCUAGCGACCGCCGCCUCUAUAAUUCGCUGACUAUCUAGGAUUGCUAGGUUAGCAGACUAGCAAUCAGGUAACUUAACCCUGCCUAACACUUCUGGAAACAAAUCUGACAUGUCUUUCAAACCUUACCGUAACACUAUAACAGGGUCAAUUGGCUAAUUUGCUUUUAACAUGGCAAAAGAUCUGUUAUUUCCCCGAACGCUACACGUUUAAAAUGAAUAUCCUUACAUGUACUGUAGUAGUAGCGUAUCAAAUGAUAUCUGACUCUUAUUUUUAAAGUUCUAUCAUGAGUAUUCGUUGGGAGACUCUGUGAGGAUGGAUUCAAGACUGGAGAAGCAAAACCAUCCCCAUGGGUUUGGGGUAUCCCUGCCCCGCCUUCCCAGUAAGCAAUUGGAUCUCAAACCUGCCCCAUCGCAAUCUCACCGGAACAUACUUCCGCCGGUCAGGACGUACCCUUUGAUUGAACAAAAGGGGUUCUACUCUGAACUCAUCACUACAUCAGCCAAGCCUCGACUUCAGUCUUAUACCCAUGGACCACAGACUCAGCAGAGUUUACUAUGCCAAGCAGGAUAUGAAUGGAACACCCCAAACGUCACAACUUUCUGCACCCCUCCGGAGCUGCACAGCAUUGUGGAUAAGGAGAAGCAUGGCCCCACCACUCAGCAGUCGCUGCUGACCGACUUCCCCUCAUCGUGCUACACUGCCAAGGUGCAGCUGCCCUACCAGUGCCAACAUGGAAAACUGCCCCGCAAGAUCGAGAUUGAAAGACGGAGGCGAGAGUAUCUUACGAUGGACCUUUCUGAGCUGUUGGCAGAACAGGGCAUUGACUCCAACCUCUUAAUCCCAAGACACCGGAUAAAUGUGGAAAGCACAGAUAAACCAAAUGACCCCGCUCUCUCUGUGUCAAACUACCUGACCCUGGAGAUAUUUGACAAUGAGGAGUUUGACUGCCGCACCCCUCAGGACUGGCUAGCCUUAGGCAUUGAGCCUGGGUCUGCUGAGAGGAAGCCAGUCCCUGCUAAAUCCUUGCUGCCCAAUUAUGACAAGAUUCCAAAUGGCAAGUUUGCUUGUGAAAUUUGGAACCAUGGAGCAUGCAGUUCAGCCUUUUCCCAAGGAUGUUUUGCAUGCUUGGCCAUCGUGUAAUUGCGAAAAUAUAUCUAAAAUUAAUGACAGACUAAUUCCUGACUCUCUCCCUCUGUCACUCUUUCAGCAUCUCUUCCACUUCCUUGUGUUUCUUUCUUUAACUGUCAAUUUAUCUUCUCAUCUUUUUCCACCUAAUUGCUCCCCCCUUUUGGAUUAUUUUUGAUUUUUGUUUCAGACUUAAAAAGUCCAUCUAUGAUAUACUCCUGGCAUUCCGUUGGGGUUUUAGACUACAACCCGGUGAAAAAACUCUACUUGGUUCAUAAGGCUGACCUUAACGGCAGGGUGAGAGACAGCAAAGGAAAGCCAAUUCUAAGGUCCAAAGAGAGAG